AUGUCUUCCGCUCAAGAUGCCAACGAUGCUCUCGACCUUGUCUCUGACAAGAUUGCCCGGCUGAUCACCCGGUCGGAAAAGUUGAAGCAAGGUGAUGCGGCUGCCAAGUCAUUGGCACAUGAGAUUGCCAUCACUUUGGUUGGUGCAUUCGCCCAAUAUGGGAAUGCUGCGACUUCCUUCGCUCCAAGGCUUCUGUCUUGCACAGCCGAGAUCUGGGACAACAGCGGUCCGAAUGGUAAGCUGAGGGGUCUGCCCGACUGGACGCAGAUCUCGGACGACAACCCUCGCAUCCGGGUUCACCCCCUUUUCCACAAGACCGUCAGCUACACCCACCCGGCUGAGGCGUCGAUGACCCUCUCCCCCAUCACUUCUCCCACACCCACACCAUCACCACCACCCGCCCCUGCCCCCAAACACAAUCUCUUUGUGCCGGGUACAAAGUUCAAGGCCUCGACUCCCGAUCCCGAACCUUCGGCACCGGAAGGAGAUGUCAUCGUGGUGGUACACGCACCAUUGCCGAAGAAGCUCAAGAUGGAGCCAGCAGUCCGGAAGACCGCGACACUGCCGCCCUUGGUCAGCGAUGAAGAUUCUGCCGAGGACACGCACCCCAUGCGCCUCUUCCCGACCCAAUGCGAGCGGUGCAUCAAGGACGACGUCCCUUGCACCGUGAUGCUGGGCAAGAAGAACGGUGAGGUCCGGAAGUGCUGUCGCAACUGCGAUGGCAAGAAGACCAAGUGCGUCCGUCUGUCCGCGGAGCAGCAGCGCCUUCUGCAGGCUGCCGUCGCCCUCAAAGGGGUUAAGGCUGCUGCUGCCACAGAGAAGAAGGCCCGGAAUGGCACCCCGAAGAACAAUGCCCCCCCUACCCAGGCACUCACUGCCGAAGAUGAUGCGGAUGCGGAGGGUGAUGAUGAUCUGGAACAUGUCCCAGCCGUCGUGCUCCCGGCCCAGCCCGGUCUGGUACCAACCCCCACUGUCGACAAUGACGUCAACGUCGACUUCGCUCCUCCCAACGAUCCUCCGACCCGCCCAAAUGUCCCUGAAGCCCGGCAGGACGUUGGCCCCAACCCAUCUGUCGCACAGCCAAUGGCUCUUGAUAUAUUCAAGAGCAUCGAGGCCCUCAGCCAGAAGUUCAAUGCCUUGCUCAAGACAUCGGACAAUCGUGCAGAGGCCUUCCAUCAGCAGAUGGACUCUCAGGUCACUGCUUUGGACCAAGACUGGGGCAGCAGAUUUGCCCUCAUGGAGAACAGGCUCCGGGAGGUCGAAAUCAAGACCGCCAACAACACCAUGUCCAUCGGACAUGUCGCCAACAGCGUCAGGGGUUUGAGAGCCGGACAGCCUCUCGACACUCCUCCCGAAGGCCACCCCUUUGGCCCGAUACCCCCUGCUUGGCUCGCUCUACCGCCGGGUACCCAUGAGGCCAUCCAAUCGGUGGACCAGGGUGUCUCGGUAGUGGGGAAAGAGUGGACCACCAUUUGGGAUCCAUCCAAAGCCAGUGGAGCACAUGGCCCCGGUACCGCCUCUGCCUCCACAGUUUUUCCUGCUGGCUCUCCCACUCUGCCGAGCGGUUCUCAUUUGUCCAGCAUCCCCUCCACCCCCAACAAGUCCAAGAAGUAG